AACAAGGUUACUUGGUCGUGUGUUUGAUGAUGUAAUGUGAAGUAGUUUUUGUUCCGACUGAAAGAGGUUAUGGCACGAGGCUUAAUCCUGUUAUCAUCGCCAACAUCACUCUCUGCAAACACUCUACUAUCUUCCUUCUCCAAAAACCCAUCAACAAGUUUCAAACUUUCACCGUUUUCUCACCUUUUACACCUUCAAAAACCUUCCUCUGUUUCAUCACCAUGUUGUUUCACAGUGUGUUCCUCUUCUUCUCCUUCUUCUCAACAAUGCUCAAUUGAUAUGGCGAAAUAUAGACAAGUUUUUUCUAGGAGAAUGGAUAUGGCUGGAAUCAAACCACAUCAUAGGAUUGCUUUGGGAGUCUCUGGUGGUCCUGACAGUAUAGCGCUCUGUGUGUUAACUGCUGGAUGGAAAACUGCUGGUGCUAAUUCUGUUGGCACUGACAGUAGUGGUUUCAUUGACGGUCUGUUGGCGAUAAUUGUCGAUCAUGGACUACGUGCAGAGAGUAAAGACGAGGCCAACAUUGUUCGUAACCGCGUUUCUCAAAUGGGAAUCAGAUGUGAGAUUGCCAACUGCGAUUGGCCAAGUGGCAAGCCAAAACAAGGUCAUUUGCAAAAAGCUGCUCGUGACAUGAGGUACCAAGUCUUUCAUGACGUCUGUGCCAAACACCAGAUUGGAGUGUUGUUUAUUGCACAUCAUGCUGAUGACCAGGCCGAGUUAUUUAUUUUAAGACUUUCUCGAAAUAGUGGUGUGCUUGGACUUGCAGGCACACCUUUCACCUCCCAGAUUUUCCCUAUGCAUACACAUUCCUACUGUGAAGUUCCGGCAAAUGGAGGCGUCCUUCUUGUGCGGCCUCUUCUGGAAUUUUCGAAGGAAGACAUGUACAAGAUAUGCCGAGGAGGUACUGAAGAGUGGGUAGAAGACCCGACAAAUCAAAACCAGUUAUUCACACGGAAUAGGAUACGAAGGGAACUUAAUCACUUGUCAUCUUCAGCAUUCAAGUCUGAACUCCAAAGAGUGAUUUCUGCAUGUCGAAAAACACGUGCAUAUGUCGAUCAUGUUUGCCAUAGCCUGAUACAUCAAGCUGUGGUUAUCAAGGACCUUGGAUAUGCCGUUAUUGAUUUACAGAUUCUUUGUCCUUCGAAAAUUGAGGACAUAUACCUGCUGAAAUUUCUUUCCUUGGUCUUACAGUUUGUUUCACAAAGACAAAGGCAAAUAAGGGGCAGUGCUUUGAAAUUGCUAAUGGACUACUUACGCACUAUUCAAUGCAAGAACUGUAUUACUGCCGCUGGUUGUUACCUUUGUCCGGAUCCUGGUUCUAAAGGGUCCAGAGUCCUGGUUUGCUGUUCUGUUGACAUUGCUUUACCUUUAAAGAUGGAAUUUUCUGAGACAUGCUCUUUUAGACAGCAUGAGUACCAUGUUGCCAAUGAGUUGGAAAAGAUUAUAGAGGAUGAAAAAUCAAAUUCAAAUCACUUGGUACUAGAUGCAUCAGAUGUCCACUUUUUGGAUGCGAACCCUGAAUCAGUUCUGGAUGAAGCUAAAAGACUAAACAUAAUCAGUGAACCAACCUUCAAUAGCAUUCUCGUACUGCAGAAGCAAGAAACCAAUCGCUUCAGGUCCAAAGUUGGAGCCAUUUCUGACCUCGCAUCAAAGCAUGAAGUUGAAAAUGCUACCUCUUCUGGCAAUUCGCUUCAGCCAGGGCAGUGCUGUUACUUCAUGGAUCGAUUCAUGCUAACAUGGAAGUUGAAUGAUAAAAUGGAUAGAGACGUACUUUCCGAUUUAGUUGAUUAUGGCAUGGAUUUGAGUGGAGAAGCACGAAACUUUUGUUGCACGUCUUGUGUGGUUGGUCGUGAUCAGGUUCUUGAAGUGCGGCAUAUGAUUGAAUCUGAUUGGCUGUAUCUUGCCGAGUUAUCUAGGUAUUCUCCACUGGAAAACUCCGCGAACGGAAACACUAAGAUGAUGGAGAAAACAGCUUCUUAUCUGCACUAUGCCAGUGUGUCAGCAAAAAAGGCUCUAGUUUUGUUAAAAUCUAUCCCAGUUGCUGCAAGGAGAAGCUUGCCUGUUCUGAUCAAUCAACAAGGAAAAUUAAUAUGCAUUCCAAGUGUCAAUUUUAAGCAUUGCCCUUGCUUGAUGGUGCACGUGGAAUAUAAGCCGAAAAUUCCACUUGGAGGAGGUCAUAGCUCAUUCAUAUAGAAAGAAAAAAAACGUAGACGCGAAACUAAAUAUCAUGAUUGCAAGGAUAUUUUGGUGGUUGGUUAUCCAAUUUGAAUUGAGAAAAACCGCCCUUGACCGGACACAUUUGAAGUCAACCAAAAAGAGCACGUCGAAAAAUGCAACAAUGUCCUAGCCAUGGCCACCAGUAAGCCAUAACUUGCCAGUAGCACAUGAGCUUAUUAAUUUGAUAAAUGCUACUCUGAAAAUGGAGUGAUGGAGAUUUCUGUAGUGAUCAUCAUGGAAGAUGCUUAACAGGUUCAUCCAGAAUUCCAGAUGGAAGUGGAUGCUCAAACUGUGGCAAACCUCUUCAACCAACCAUGAAGCUGUCUACACAAUUUAUUGAUCGCUCUUUCUUAGUAUAAUAGUAUGAUUUGGUCAACACAAUUUAUUACAAAGGGAAAAUAAUUGAAUGUCAUGUACAUUAUUAUCUGUCAAUAAUGUAUAGACUCCAAUGUUUAUUUUUUUAAUUCUAUUUGAGACGUGUUAGACACUAGUUUCUCUCCAAAGUGGGAUUCAAAACUUAGUUUGACUCGUGAUAGUCUAGACUCCACUGUUGUCUUGUCUAGAUUCCCAUAUUUAAAUGUAAUUCACUACUUCAUAAGGUAUUAUAAUAUCUUCUUGCAACA